AUGCAGAACCCAUACGGGCCUAAUCCCUCUGACUACCUCUCCAACGUAUCUAACUUCCAGUUGAUUGAAUCCACGCUCAGAGAAGGUGAACAGUUUGCCAACGCUUUCUUCAGCACCGAGAAGAAAAUUGAAAUCGCCAAGGCUUUGGAUGACUUUGGUGUUGAUUACAUCGAACUAACGUCUCCUGUUGCUUCUGAGCAGUCCCGUAAGGACUGUGAGGCCAUCUGUAAACUUGGGCUCAAGGCCAAGAUCCUGACCCAUAUCAGAUGUCACAUGGACGACGCCAGAGUUGCCGUUGAGACCGGUGUUGAUGGUGUGGAUGUGGUGAUUGGAACCUCGCAGUUCUUGAGACAGUUUUCUCACGGAAAGGACAUGAACUACAUCACCAACAGUGCCGUCGAGGUGAUUGAGUUUGUCAAGUCCAAGGGUAUCGAGAUCAGAUUCUCCUCUGAGGACUCAUUCAGAUCCGACCUUGUUGACUUGCUGAACAUCUACAGAACCGUGGACAAGAUCGGAGUUAACAGAGUUGGUAUUGCCGACACUGUCGGAUGUGCCAACCCAAGACAGGUAUACGAGUUGGUUCGUACUCUCAAGUCGGUGGUCCACUGUGAUAUUGAGACCCAUUUCCACAACGAUACCGGGUGUGCCAUUGCCAACGCCUACACUGCUCUGGAGGCUGGUGCUCGUCUCAUUGACGUUUCCGUUUUGGGAAUUGGUGAGAGAAACGGAAUCACUCCUCUGGGUGGCCUGAUGGCCAGGAUGAUCGCUGCUGACAGGGAUUACGUGCUGUCCAAGUACAAGCUGCACAAGUUGAGAGAUUUGGAGAACUUGGUGGCUGAAGCCGUUCAGGUCAACAUCCCCUUUAAUAACCCUAUCACCGGUUUCUGUGCUUUUACCCACAAGGCUGGUAUUCACGCCAAAGCUAUCCUGGCCAACCCAUCUACUUACGAGAUCUUGAAGCCAUCAGACUUUGGUCUGACCAGGUACAUUCAUUUCGCCAACAGGCUCACUGGGUGGAAUGCCAUCAAGUCCAGAGUUGACCAAUUGAAUCUGGACUUGACUGACGAUCAGGUCAAGGACGUGACCAGCAAGAUCAAGAAGCUGGGUGACGUGAGACCUCUAAACAUCGAUGAUGUGGACUCCAUCAUCAAGGACUACCACGCCGUGGUGUCUACUCCUUUGGUCAAGCCAAACAAUGGCGAAGCCAUUGACGAGGAGAUGUCCUUGUUGAACUCUGUCAAGAGAAAGAGACUAGAAUAA